AACACGAGAUUUAUAGGGGUCUUGGGGGUUCAACAUGAGAUUUAUAGGUUUUUUUCUGGGUGAUGAGCCACGAGAGCUCUGCCUUUCCCUCGAGCCUCUUUGCAGCCUCUCCUCACCACGUUUGAGGGCGCAGCUGAUAAGAACUGAUGUCCUGUGUCCCUGCUCUUCCUCAGAUCCCCUCAGACCCUCCCUCCUGACGAUGGUGCUGUCCCGGAGCCCCUGCACCGAGGGCUCUCCCUCGCCCUGCGGGGUGGCCGCGCCCCAGCCCGUGGCCGAGAGCUGCAACGAGCCGUGUGUGCGGCAGUGCCCCGACUCCACCGUGGUCAUCUACCCCCCGCCCGUGGUGGUCACCUUCCCCGGGCCCAUCCUGAGCACCUUCCCCCAGCAGAGCGUGGUGGGAUCCGCGGGAGCCCCCGAGGUCGGGGUCGGGGUCGGGUCUGGGUUCGGGGCCGCCCGCACCCCCGGCGCUUCCCACGUCUACGGCGGGGCCCGCUGGGGUCGGGGGUACCCCGUGGGGAGCUGCAGGCCCUGCUAAACCCACCGGGGGUCUCUGCCCAGAGGAGAAGCCCAGCGGGGU